AUGUUCAAACGUAUCGUUAAUAAUCAGGCCUUGAUCAAUGGCUUGAAACAAGUCUCUUAUGGUAUAAAGAGAGAGACAACAUCGUCUUCUUCUUCUUCCGAUGAUCAACAACAACAACAAUCAACAACAACAACAACACUUAUUCUCAUUGCAGAUCAACAUCAUACCACUUCCAUUCUACCAUCACAUCAUGUGAUUUUAACAGCACCUAAUAAUAACAACAUUCUUGAUGUCCAUCAAUUCGAUCAAUUCUGUUCCAACAAUCAACUUGUCUCAUCCAAUUCUGUAGUGUCCAAAGUUGGUAAACAAGUGCUUGUGGAGAUGGGACCAAGGAUAAUGGAAAUUAUUCUACAGCAUAUGAAUGAAUCAAUGCUCAAAACCCAUCAAACUAAAGUGUGUAAUAGUAGUAGCAGUGGCAGUGGUGGUAAUACAAGUCAUAUCAUUGCAACAACAAGCGGUUCUCUAACAACAAACAAAACGAGUGUGUCACGAAUUUCAUCUCCUUCUUCUACCAGUAGGAAUGUUGACAAGAGUACAGAAAAGCCUUCCGAAAAUUGCAAUUUCAAAUCUGCGACUCUAAAUGUCAACAGAUUUGAAGGAAAACAAUUUUAUGGCACCAACACCAUGUUCUUGAUGGAUGAAGAAAUUAAAACAACUGCAUUACAAAGCAGCCAAACAGAACUCAUGUUACAGAAGAGUGCUCAGAUUAUUGAAAAUGAAAGUCCAUCCAACUCGCUUGGCAUUGACACUGUAAAGGCGCUGUUGUUGGACAUGUACGGAAAGAUUGCUCAAUUUGUUGCAAAACUCUCCCAACAGCUCUUUGGAAAAUUGUUCACACCAGCUAAGGAAGGGCAGAAAAACAAUAAUACUGGAAUGAUGAGUGACAUUCAAGGAAAUGUGAUGCUUAACUCCAUUUGCAACCAAUCUAUACUGAUUGUCAUUUCCUUUAUGCUCUACGAAAUUGUUAUUUUCAAUUCAGCACCAACAUGUCACAAUGAAAUUCAAGUUGCAUUCCAAGAAUUCUUAUCGAAAAUCAUGUCCUCAAUGUAA